CAUGUAGCUUUCCUUUGGAAAUUAGUCUUGAUUUCCUCCUAGUUGUUGUCUGAGCUCUGACAUUAUGGAUAUGAUUGAUAGAAUGCAACCACAAUAGGUUAAUUUGUGUAUAUUUUCUAAAGUUUGAUGUUGUGUUUAGUGUUGUUGAAUGUUGACUGUUAAGUUCUAAGAAUGGUUUGCCCGAUGGUCUAUGCAGCCCAGUGCUCGAUCCGAAUCAGUACAUUUGGCCUCAUGGCCGGUGUCGGGUUGGUCAGCUCAUGGCCAGACAUAAACAUAGUAAUUUGCUACUCAAACAGGAUCAUGACAUGCGAAUCAAUUAUUUAUGAAACAAAUUGGCCCUCUUCUUUUUAUGCUCAGCUUGUAGUUUUGUCUCAUUUUUCAUUUUUUGUCACACCUCAUCAUUUCCCCCUUUGUUCAAUCAAAUUUCUCAAUAGGAAAUAUAGAUAUAUGUUUGCAUAGGUAAGUUGAUUUAAUAAGAGUAAAUUACCAUCCUCACUGGACCUCUCCAUGAUGUGCUUUGCCGCUAUUGUUUGUUUUCCUUUGCUCGAGAACGAUAAAUAUUAUCCACCAGCUUUACUUUCACUAUAUUACAGUCUUGUACUGAUGAAAGCGUAGGCAUACAUUUGCACAACGAUGGCAACAUUGAGGAACUUGAACAUAAAGACAUCGACAUGCAAGAGAAUAGCGAAAGAGCUUCACUCCUACGAGAAAGAGGUUGAAAAAGAGUCUGCUAAAACUGCCGACAUGAAGGCAAAAGGCGCUGAUCCAUAUGAUCUCAAACAGCAGGAAAAUGUGCUGGCUGAAUCUAGGAUGAUGGUUCCCGACUGCCGCAAGCGUCUAGAGACUGCUCUAAGUGAUCUUAAAGCCACUUUGGUUGAGGUGGAGUCGUCUGGCCAAAAGGAUGGCUCGGAGAUUGGUGAUGCUCGGAGCACCAUUACAGAGUUUGAACGGAUAUUUUAAUCUUCCGAUGCUUAGCCGCAUGGAUUGUGGUAUAUGUAAGCACUGAUCUUGAUCUGAAUGAUCAUCGCAUGACUAAGGAGACUUUGACAUCAAACUAUAGCUACUAGUUUUAUCUAUGGUGGGGGGAAAAGGUUAAAAUGCUUUAAAAUCAAUGGCGGAUCUCUAUGGGGUCGAGGGUCGAUCGAUAACACCACCGACUUUUGAGGUUAAAAAACUACAUAAUUAGGAUUUGGACCAACAUCACAUUGGAUUGCUUCUGCCUUCUGACGCUAGCAACAACUUUCUUCCCUAGUAUAAGGACCUGUUUUGACUCGGCGGGGUUUUAAAAAA